AUGGGACAAUCAAUAAAGUUUUCAGUUAUCUAUCGCUUGAUUGGGAAGUUAAUUUAUCUGACAGUCACAAGACUGGACAUGUCCUUUGUUGUUGGGGUACUCAGUCAGUUUAUGCAGUCUCCUCAGAAGGCACAUUGGGAUCCUGCUGUUCGUAUUCUUCGUUACUUGAAAGGAGUUCUGCGUAAAGGACUUGUUUAUCGUCCUAAUAGGCAUAUGGAAUUGGUGGCGUACUCUAAUGCUGAUUGGGCUGGUUUGGCUAGUGCUCGUUGUUCUACUACAAGGUAUUGUACCUUUGUAGGGGGUAACCUGGUUACAUGGCGUAGUAAGAAAGAGACUACCAUUACUAGGUCUAGUGUAGAAGCAGAGUAUAGAGCAAUGGUGCAUACUACUGCUGAAUUAAUGUGGGUUCGCUCCUUACUUCUUGAGAUGGGCCUUCCUGUGUCAACUCUGAUGAAGAUGUACUGUGACAACCAAGCAGCCACUAUAUUGCUAGUAACCCCGUCUUUCAUGAGAGGACUAAACACAUUGAAGUGGAUUGUAACUUUGUUCAAGACAUAG